GCAGGGUUCCGGGCGGGCGGUUGCUCAGCUCUCCAUUCUGUGCUGCCUUGGCGUCUCAGACUGCACUGAAAGGUCCUUGCCUAAAUCUCGGUCUCCAGCCCUCGCCCACGUUUUGAGUGUGGGAGGGUGCGAGGUGCCUGAAGAACCCUGGAUCUUGUCUGUGCGACCUUGAGCCCGUGCCUGGACCCUCUAGACUCUGGGAAGCGCCUGGACAAGACCGCACCCCGUAGCUUGUUGGGAGGUCUCAGGCAGACGCCACUGCAACCAUCAAGCUGUUAGCCUCUCUACUUCCAAGUGAUCCCUCUAAUUCCUUACAUGAAGUACAUUAUGGCUUUCUCUCUGAUUUCCGGAUAUGCUGUGCACAUUUCUUAUUUUUAGUAGCAAUGUAAUGUAUUAGUGAGCAUGCUCUUCAGAGUUGGACAGGCCUAGGUUGACAUAUCAAAGCUGUGUUGUUUCACCCAUCAAACGUGUAGCAAAAUUGUCUUUCCUCCUAGAUUUGUUGACCAGAUGAGGCUUUCAUCUAUCUUAGUUCAGUGGCAGCUUGGAUUAAUUAGGAGAAAAUCAAACACACCAGCAAAUGAGAAUCUAGGCAGAAACAAAUCCAAGCAAUUAUAUAACUACGUAAUUGUCAUUGAUUUUGAGUCUACAUGCUGGAAUGAUGGGAAGCACAACAGUAGCCCCGAAAUAAUUGAAUUUCCAGCAAUAUUGCUGAAUACAUCAACUGGAGAGAUUGAAUCUGAAUUCCAUGCUUAUGUUCAGCCUCAAGAACAUCCAGUUCUUUCUGAAUUUUGCAUGGAACUAACGGGCAUAAAGCAGGCUCAAGUUGAUGAAGGAGUCCCUCUGAAGAUUUGCUUGUCUCAGUUCUGUACAUGGAUUCAUAAGAUUCAGCAACAGAAGAAAUUUUUUUUUACUGCCGGGGUUUCAGAGCCUUCUACUUCUGAAGUAAAAUUAUGUGCAUUUGUCACUUGGUCAGACUGGGACUUGGGUGUUUGCCUGGAGUAUGAGUGUAAAAGAAAACAGCUGUUAAAACCUGUGUUCUUAAAUUCUUGGAUUGAUCUUAGAGCAACUUACAAGCUUUUCUAUAGAAGAAAACCAAAAGGACUAAGUGGUGCCUUGCAGGAUGUGGGAAUAGAAUUCUCAGGAAGAGAACAUUCUGGGUUGGAUGAUUCUCGGAAUACUGCUCUUCUUGUUUGGAAAAUGAUCAGGGAUGGUUGCCUAAUGAAAAUUACAAAGUCUUUGAACAAGGUUCCCAAGAAGAAUUCCAACAUUUUGGCCAGAAGUUGGAAUACAAAUCAAGUUGGAGAAACAUCUGCCUGCAACUUUAGCAUCCAGGGUCCCAGAAUAAAUGAUAGGGAGUCUAAAAAUUCAGUAAGUCCUCAGGAAAAAAUUCAAAUGAAUUCCAUUUGUAUGAAUUCCCCUAUAAGAGUACCGAAGCAUCAGUUACUAUCAGAGAGCAAUACGAAAGCCAGUCUUCACAGUAUGAAAAGUUGCUCAUCUGUUUUUAAUACUAAGCCCUCUACUUCUCAGGAACAGUUUCAGUCUCACAGCCUGAAUUCACCUAUCUAUGUGCAGAACCAAAGAAAAAGUGAACAUCUUGCAUUUAAUACCAAAUCCAAGUCUUCAACAUAUGGUUCAGAAUUGGUACUUGUUUCUACCACCAUUCCAUCUGUUAAUCAUGUUUCUGAUAUGGAUAUGAGUUCUACAGUUGACUGUUUACCUGUGUUGGCAAAUUGGAAAGAUGUGGUUUUAUUGCCAGCAUCUCAGCCUGAGCAAAAUAUAGAUUGUAUACCUCCUUUUAGUGACACAAAUUUAGAUACUUCAUUUAAUUCUGGAGAGACAUUGAUGGUUUUAAAAGAAUCAGAAGUGCCAAGUUCUGAAAAACUUGAGGGCAUCAAGGAAACUCCUAAAACAUUUGAGACCUCUAAGUCUUUUGUAUACAAGAGUCCUCACAAUACAGUUUAUAAUGUAAAAGAAGGCAUACAUCCAGGUUCAAAUGCUUCUACCUUUAAAUUACCUGCAUGCAAAUCACAUACCUUCAACAGUGUUAAUGUCAAUGCAUCUGAUUAUUCAGCUUUGGAGAAACACCCUCUUUUAGGUGGUACUAAAAGGAAUUCAUCUAAUCUUUCAGCUUUCCCACCAGCUAAAAAACAGACACUCAUUAUUCAUGAACAAAAGCCUACAUCACUUGAUUGCUCCCCAGUAAGAAGUUCUUCCCGAAAGGUUCUCCCCUCUGUAUUAACAGCUACAGUUAAUCUGCAAGAGCCUUGGAAGAAUGCAAAAAUGACACCUCCUUUAUGCAAGUGUGGCCGAAGAUCUAAGAGACUUGUUGUUUCUAACAAUGGACCAAACCAUGGAAAGGUCUUCUAUUGUUGCCCUAUUGGGAAAUACCAAGAAAACAGAAAACCUUGUGAUUAUUUUAAGUGGGAACAAACACUUCAGAAGGAAAGAAUCAAUAGGAUAGCUCACUCCACAGGGAGUCUCACUUUUAGUUCUCCAAAAACAAGCUAUAUUCAUGACAAAAAUUUAAGUUUUUCUGCUAAAUAUUCUUUGAGACUCAGACCUUCCUUAAGGAAUUGAUAAACCUUCUUCACAUCUAAAGUAUGUUCUUCAGUACAACUUUUUAAAAUUUUGUUUUUAGUGCUGAGAAUUGCACCCAGGACCUUCACAAUGAGGUACAUCCCCACCUCU